GGUGAACGACCAAGCCAAAAUGAAAAAAGAAAAGAGAAAAGUGUCAAAAGAGGAGGAAAUCGCUUUGAGCCCUAUGCUAACCCUGCUAAAAGAUACCGAGCUUUUAUUACAAAUAUUCCCUUUGAUGUGAAGUGGCAGUCUCUGAAAGACCUGGUCAAAGAGAAAGUUGGUGAGGUAACAUACGUGGAGCUCUUAAUGGACGCUGAAGGAAAGUCAAGGGGAUGCGCUGUUGUUGAAUUCAAGAUGGAAGAAAGCAUGAAAAAGGCUGCAGAGGUUUUGAACAAGCAUAGUCUUGGUGGAAGACCAUUGAAAGUGAAAGAAGAUCCCGACGGCGAGCACGCCCGCAGAGCAAUGCAGAAGGUCAUGGCAGCUGCUGGGGGGAUGGGCAUUGGUCCAGGCCCAGGAGGCCCUGGCAUGAUCAACAUCCCACCCAGCAUCCUCAACAACCCCAACAUCCCCAACGAGAUCAUUCAUGCCCUCCAGGCAGGCAGGCUGGGGAGCACUGUCUUCGUUGCAAAUUUGGAUUACAAGGUUGGCUGGAAGAAGCUGAAGGAAGUGUUCAGCAUGGCUGGUGUGGUGGUGAGAGCUGACAUCCUGGAAGAUAAGGAUGGCAAAAGUCGGGGGAUCGGCACCGUCACUUUCGAGCAAGCCAUAGAGGCUGUUCAGGCCAUCUCCAUGUUUAAUGGGCAGCUGCUGUUUGACAGACCCAUGCAUGUAAAAAUGGAUGAACGAGCCUUUCCCAAAGGAGACUUCUUUCCUCCAGAGAGACCCCAACAACUCCCUCGAAUGGGAAUGGAAGGCAUGGGCUUUGGAAUGAAUAAAAUGGGAGGAAUGGAAGGUCCUUUUGGUGCCAUGGAGAACAUUGGGCGCUUCCCAGCUGGGAUGAACAUGGGCAGAAUGAGUGAGAUGGAUCGUGCCAUGGGUGGAGGCUUUGAAAGAGAAUUUGGAAGAAAUGAAAUGGGGAUGUCUCGUAGCUUUGGAGAGACUUUGGAGAGAGGAAUAGGUGGUGGAAACGCCAGCAUUCCUGGGAUUGAGAGGAUGGCACCUGGCAUCGACCGCAUGGGCUCGGGCAUAGAGAGGAUCCCCUCUGGGAUGGGGCACGGGAUGGAGAGGGUAGGGUCAGAGAUAGACAGGAUGGGGCUGGUGCUGGAUCGGAUGAGCUCCAACGUGGAGAGGAUGGGCUCGGGAAUCGACCGCAUGGCCCCGCUGGGCAUCGACCACAUCGCCCCCAACAUGGAGAGGAUGGGCCCAGCUCUGGAGAGGAUGGGCUCUGGCCUAGAGAGGAUGGGCUCUGGCCUAGGCUUUGGCAUCGAGAGGAUGGGGGCCGCCAUCGACCGCGUCGGCACCACCAUGGACAGGAUGGGCUCCGGCGUGGAGAGGAUGGGCUCCGGCAUGGAGAGGAUGGGGCUAGGCAUGGAGAGGAUGGUGCCUGCUGGAAUGGGAACUGGCAUGGGGCAGGUGAUAGAGAGGAUGCCAGCUGGCUUGGAUCGUAUAGGGGCCACCCCCAUGGAGAGGAUAGGGAUAGAACGUAUGGGGGCGGCCGGCAUGGAGAGGAUGGGCCUGGAGCGCAUCGGAGCAGCCAACAUGGAGAGGAUGGGCCCGGCCAUGGGGCAGGGCAUGGGGGCUGGCAUCGAGCGCAUGGGGCUGCCCAUGGGCAGCAACUUUGAGAGAACCAUGGACAUGGAACGAGGCAACUUCGCGGGCAACUUCGCAGGCUCCCUGGGAGGAGCUGGAGGACCUGCAGCAGGGGUGGCCAGGAAAGCCUGCCAGAUAUUUGUGAGAAAU